AUGUCUUCUCGUCUUCCAGGUCGCCGGAGGCGACGUGGCUUGGAGGACGAUGAUUCAGAUGCGCGCUCUGAUGCGUCGGAAGGACCGAAGCGGCCUCGCCUUGGACGACGUGCCAACGACUCCGACGACGACCAGAAACCCCCAAGAAAUGGGGUCCAUACCAACGGGGUGAACGGCACGACGAGCCGGCUCGACCAAGACGGUUUUUCGCCCGGUGCUAUCCGCCGCGUCAAAGUCGAAAACUUCGUCACGUACGAAAUGGCAGAAUUCUUUCCUGGACCGAAUCUCAAUAUGGUCAUCGGACCCAAUGGAACGGGAAAGAGUUCCCUCGUCUGCGCCAUUUGCCUAGGCCUUGGCUUCAGCCCGAAGCACCUCGGCCGAGCCGGCAAUGUGAAGGAGUUUGUCAAGCAUGGCAAGUCUUCCGCCGUUAUCGAGAUCGAGCUACAGCGUCGUCCCGAAGACAGAUCGCAUCAUGUCAUCCGAGUCCAAAUCGACCGUGAACGAAACAGUCAGAAAUGGUGGUUGAACGGCAAGGAUACUACACACAAGACGAUACAGGUUCUCAUGAGGGACCUCAAGAUCCAGGUCGACAAUCUGUGCCAGUUUCUACCGCAAGACCGGGUUGUCGAGUUCGCAUCCGCUACCCCAGUCGACUUACUACAUGAAACUUUGCGUGCUGCCGCACCCCAGGAGAUGCUAGACUGGCAAAAGAGUCUCCAGGAUUUGCACAAAGACCAAAAGGAGCUUCAGCGUGGCUCCGACUCGGCGGGCGACCACUUGAAGCAGCUGGAGGAACGACAAAGCGACAUGCAGCAGGAUGUUGAUAGGUUACGCGAAAUCGAAGAGGCUCAGCAAUACAUUGCCGAUCUUACUGAUGCUCGGGCCGUGGCCGACUAUCUCGAGUCCAAAGCGCUAUACAAAGAAAAGAAAAAAUUGGAAAGGCUGGCCCAGAAGAACUUGCAGAAGCUCGAGCAGGAGGCCGCUCCUUCUCUGCAGGCAGUCAAUCAAAAACAAGAGUAUCACGAAAAAGUGGUGACCGUGGUUCGCAAACGCAAGGAUGUAUUGCGACGAACGGAAGCUGCUGCGGAUGCAGCGCUCAAUCGCAUCGAGGAUGCAGACGAACAAAUAAAGACGGUAGAGGCCAACAUGGAGACCAAUAGGAAGGGUUUCGAGGCCAAAAAGCAAGAGUUGGGCAAGAUUCGAAGCAAAAUAGGCGCUUUGGAGAACCAGAAGAAGAACAAGCCUCCUGAGUUCAAUCCUCAGGAACACAACACACAAAUACGAGAGAAGGAACACCAGCUGCGAGAGCUCGAGGCUGAGCAACGCCAAGCCGAGGGCAAAAUACGAGAGAUCAAAGAGCAGGGCCAUGCCAAGAUCCAAGCGAAAAACACUUUGAUCCGAGAGCUCGAAGGGCUUGAUUCUCAGCAGGGUCAGGUCAUCAACUUCAUCCAGAAGAAGUGGCCUGAUGUGGCUAAAGGCUAUCUCUGGCUUCAGGAGAAUGCCAAUAUGUUCGAAAAGGAGGUGUUUGGGCCACCGGCCCUCUGUUGCUCCGUCAAAGACGACCGAUAUUCUGAUCAGAUCCAAGCGCUCUUACACAAUGACGACUUCCUCUGCUUCACGGCGCAAACUCGAGAUGACCACAAGAAGCUCAGUCAUCACCUCUACAAGGAAUUGAGUCUCUCCGUCAACGUCCGCUCGAUUCUCAGACCGUUGGACGAUUUCCGGCCUAGGAUGUCCCGGGACGAGCUCAAUGCCCUUGGAAUUGAUGCCUUCGCACUGGACAUGUUGGCCGGGCCAGAGCCUGUUCUUGCAAUGCUCUGUAACGAAAAGAAGUUGAAUGCCGCAGGAAUCGCACUGAAUGAUGUCAGCGACGCUCAGUACGAGCGCAUUGCCCAAGGAGAGGUCAUCAACAGUUGGGCGACGGGUCGGCAGUUGUACAGGGUGUCUCGGCGCAAGGAUCUUGGGCCGGGGGCCGUCUCGACAAUGACCAGGGGCAUUCAACAAGGUAUGUUCUGGACAGACCAGCCAGUGGACGAGGCGGAAAAGAAUGAGAUACGGCGCAAGAUCAGUGAGGUGGAGGCCGAGUGGGAUAUCCUGAAAGCCAAGAACACGGAGGUCCGGGAGCAGAUGGCCGGGUUCACCAACAGCAAGAAAGAGAUCAACGACGAUCUGAAAACGCUCAGGGAAAGGAAGAACGAGCUUCAGAAAGCCCACAAUGCCUACCAGGCAAUUCCCGUCAAGCUAGACACCGAGAAGAGGGCCUUGGACCAGAAAAGGUCAGAAGUCGAAGAGGCGAGAGCAGCCAACGCACAGCUCAGCUUCGAUCUCGACAAUGCCCAUGUGGACAAGGCCAAAGCUACCUUGCAGCACCACGCGGCCAUCGUGGCCAUUCGAACGGCACAAGAUGUGUUGCUCGAAGCUCAGAUCCGCGAAAUCGAAGCCAGGUCUGACGUUCAAGGCCUCAAGGCCAGAAACACCGAGCUGGUUCAGAUGCUGGAAGAGGAAAAACACAACAUUGCUUCUUUUAGCGAGGAAUCUCAGCGGGCCAGACGGCGUGCAGAAGAGGCACAGAGCAAGGUGAUUGAGAUCUUUGCGAGGGACGAGACCCGAAAGGACCUUCUCGAAAGCUUGGCGAAAGACAGGACGGUCGAAGACAUUGACAACGACAUCGUUGCAAAACAGGGCAGCAUUGAGCUCAUCCAAGUCGCCAAUCCCGGUGCUCUGCGCGAGUUCGAGAAGCGAGCCCGAGAGAUUGAGAAGCUGCGUUCGAAGAUGGAGUCAUCGACAGCCAAGCUGGACCACUUAAAUCGCCAAAUCACAAAGAUUCGCGAGAAGUGGGAGCCGAAGCUUGACGAGCUGGUCGGCAAGAUCAGUGACGCCUUCAGUUACAACUUUGAGCAGAUCAACUGCGCCGGCGAGAUUCGGAUACACAAAGAUGAAGACUUUGACCAGUGGGCUCUGGACAUCAUGGUCAAGUUCAGAGAAAACGAGACGCUCCAGCAGCUCAACCAGCAUCGCCAAUCCGGCGGCGAGCGAGCUGUUUCCACCAUCUUUUAUCUAAUGGCUCUCCAAUCCAUGGCGCAAUCACCCUUCCGUGUGGUCGAUGAGAUCAACCAGGGCAUGGAUCCCCGCAACGAGCGCAUGGUGCAUGAGCGCAUGGUAGAGAUUGCGUGCCGCGAGCACACGUCACAAUACUUCCUGAUUACGCCCAAACUGCUCACCGGUCUGAGGUACGACCCGCGCAUGCGCGUGCUCUGCAUUGCCAGCGGAACGCACAUGCCCAAGGACGGCAAGAAGCUCGAUUUUGCUCGUUGCCUGAAAAUCCACAAGCGCAUCGCGGCUGGCGGAUAA